UCCACUUCAGCCUGGUCUCUGCCUCCGAGGGGCUGAGGGUUUCGGCCAGGGCGUGGUCAAGAACCUCAAGCAGCUCGGGCUGGUCCAGUCUAUAGCGCAAUAUGUAUGAUUAAUUGCGUUGCACGUCUCUAUGGUUUUUGCACAGCUUGCCCAGAUAACCUCCAAUCGGUGCACCAGACGGGGCGCCUUCCUCCCCCGUCUCCCACCAACCCGGAGCAACCCCUAAAGACAUUUACCAUUGUCGAUAUUGGCGAUUCCCAGGGAGUGGACCUCCAGCGGUUCGCGACGACAUUCGGCGACGUGCCAAGUGAGCUGAUAGUCCAGGAUCUCCGGUCCCCCGGGGACUCGAUCCGAGGUCUCGACAAGUGGUGUAUGAUUUCUUUACACUGCAGCCAGUCAAAGGUAAGAGCUGAAUCUGCCCUGCUUCUGUUCGGCGUCGAGUUUUGUUUCUGCUUCCCUGCUUUCUUAUCUUCUCGAAUUAUCCAUGAGAGAAAUUCCAGGAGCGAAUCUCCACUACCUCAAAUCGAUCCUGCACGAUUGGAACGACGAAGCAGCUGGGAAGUUCCUGUCGAACACGGCGCAGGUGAUGGGUCUACACUCGCGGCUGUUGAUCAAUGAGACGGUGCUCGCAGAGGCCGGGGAGACGCUGGCGCGGGCGGACGAGGCGGCAGUGGGAGGAGUUACUGGGCCGGGUGGCGGUGUGGCCUGGGGAAGGAGCCGAUCCGCAAUGCGUGAUUGAGAGUUUUUUGAUGGAGUCUGAGGCAUGAGUGAGUGGGUCUAGCUGUAGGGAGUUUCAUUCACAUCCUAUUCGACUCAGAAAGAUGAAGAUGGUUUGAAAUGCUUGGCAAAAAAUACAACAGAAGGGAUUUGCUG